UUUCGUUUUUUUUCGUUUUCCCUCUUCAACGCCCUUCAUAACACUCCGCUCCUCCUUCGGAAUUUCAUUCCAAACGAACGCAUUCUCUCUCUCUUCUCUCUCUCAUCAUUUGCAUCUUCUACUAUUCGGAAGGAGCACCAAUGGCGGGAGGAGGAUCGUCGAAGUCGAAUCCGCCGAAGGCGAGGAAGAGAGUGGAGGUCGACACGGCAGCGGCUUCUUCGCUCGUUCGCGGCAAGGAUGGCAGUGCUUUUGCCCGAUGUGAAGAGUGCAACAAGGAUGUUCCAGUGGCGCUCAUUAGCAUGCAUAGUUGCGGCCUUGAUGCCAAAAUCAAGAUGAAUUUGGAGGCUCAAGUAGUGGAAAAACCUGCUGAAGUGAAGAAGAAACCAGCGGAUAGAAAGAGGUCAUCAGAACCCAAGGCUAAGAAAGCAAAAAUAGAAAAGAAGUCUAAGAAGGGCAAGGAUGCAAACAUGCCUAAGCGUCCUGCCACAGCAUUCUUCCUCUUCAUGGAUGAUUUCAGAAAGACUUACAAGGAAGCGAACCCAGAUUCUAAGGGUGUCAAGGAGGUUGCAAAACAGGGUGGUGAGAAAUGGAAGUCAAUGUCGGAUGAAGAGAAAAAACCCUACUUGGACAAAGCUUCUGAGCUCAAAGCGGAGUUCAAUAAGGCCAAGGAGGCUUAUAAUGCUGAAGAUGAUGUGAACGAAGAGGGUUCAGAUAAGGAGGAAGCCGCAGAUGUGGAAGUUGCAAAUGAGGAAACUGAAGGCAAGGAUACUGAGGAAGUAUCAGAGGAUGAGGAGUAGUCCAUGCUUUGAGAUUUCCAUUUUAAUGUAGGAUGGUUUUAGCGUCUUGACUUCUAGUUAUUGUAAAUCAAAGUUCUAGCCAGUUCCACUUUUUUGACAUUUAUAGACAUGGUUUUGUAGUCAUCAUGCAGUUUGGUUUCUGCACCAAAGGUUCUCAGCUUGUGGCCAGCGGAUUAACCCUUUAA